AUGUCUGUUCAUGGACAAGUUAAAGUACGAACAUCAGCUGAACAAAAAGCUGCACGUGAACGUGAACGAGCAGAAAAACUUCGAUUAUAUUCAACGCAAUAUGAAAAUAUAUUAAAUAACCGCCAAUUAAUGGAUUCUUUUAAUCUUUUAAAACAAACUGAAAAUAUUCUUGUUGAUCAUCCAGAUUGUUUUACACUUUGGAAUAUUCGAAGAGAAUCAAUCGUUAAAUUAGAAAAUGAUAAACAAAAAGAAUAUUUAGAAAAAGAAUUACAAGUAACACAGAUGUGUCUGAAAUCAAAUUCAAAAUCUUAUUCAUGUUGGUAUCAAAGACAAUGGUGUUUAAAACAAUUAAAAGAAAAAUUUAAUUUGAAUCUUUAUCAAAAUGAAUUAGAAUUAUGUAAAAAAUAUUUAGAGUAUGAUGAACGAAAUUUUCAUUGUUGGGCAUAUCGUUAUUAUCUUCUUGAACGUUUGUGUCCUUCAUCAACAUCUGAAUUAGAACCAUUUUAUGAAAAUGAAUUAUCAUUUCUUCGUUCAACAAUUGAUAAACUUCUUGAUCACAAUCCGUCUCGUCGUUCUACUCUGCUAUCAACUGAAUGGCAGCUUGUUUUAAGUGCUGUUUAUACUGAUUGUUCUGAUCAAGCUGCAUGGUUUUAUGCUCGAUGGCUAUUAUUUAAACAAUUGGGAAUUCAAUUAAUUAGUGAAGAUGAACAUAUUAAACCUUUAGAAGAACUCGAUGAACUUGAAUCAGGAAAUAAAUGGUGCAUGUUAGCCUUAUGUCAACUAUGGAAAGGAAAAGCUGAGAACAAUGAUAAAAGAAUAAACUAUUUGGAACAAUUAGCCAAUCGAAUUGAUCCUGAUCGUGAACAAUUUUAUAGAGAUCAAAUUUAA